AUGCAUAGUUCCACUAAAGACACGGGAUACCCUUUUAAUACUCUCAAGGUACAGCACACCACAGCCAACUGGGUUUGCACAGAUCAGCGACUGUUCUGGGCUGCUGAGCGUGAAACAAAUCUAUGGGUUCUGGGAUGUUUGAUAUUUCUAUUGGGAGGUGGUUUUUUGAGGGCCUGUUUUUCUUUUUUGAAGAAAGAAGUCCUGUUUUGGAAAGAUUAA